AUGGCAGAAAACAACAUAGAGUGCAAUAGUGUGGUUGAUGGUAAUGUUGAAGAAGUCUCCAACAAGAAGAUAAUUAAGUUUAAUCCUCCAUUAUACAAACAGCGUUACCAAUUCGUUAAAAAUUUAGUGGAGCAACAUCAACCCAAGAAGGUUGCAGACUUGGGGUGUGGUGAUGUUUGCCUCCUAGUGAUAUUAAAAUACCAAAAGUGCAUUGAAGAGCUUGUUGGAGUGGAUAUCAAUGAAGGGAGACUUAAAUGGAAUGGGUCUAGGCUGUCCCCAUGCAUGGGGGAUCAUCUGGAUCCUCGAGAGCUGGAUUUAGUUAUUACCUUGUAUCAUGGCUCUGUUUUGGAGAAAGACUGUCGUUUGCUUGGAUUUGAUUUGGUAGCAUGUAUUGAAUUAAUAGAACAUUUUGAUUCAGAAGAUCUGGCGAAGUUUCCUGAAGUCGUAUUUGGGUACAUGUCUCCAGCCAUGAUUGUCAUCAGCACACCGAACUCUGAUUUCAAUUCCCUGUUUCCAUCUACAGUCUUCAGAGAUUCAGAUCACAAAUUUGAGUGGAGUAGAAUGCAGUUUCAGACCUGGGCUUUAGACGUGGCCAAUCGCUACAGUUACUCUGUGGAGUUUACUGGUGUGGGAGAACCACCAGCAGGAGCUGAGGAUGUUGGAUGUUGUACCCAGAUAGGGGUCUUCCGGAAAAAAGCAAAGGCAACUGAAUCUGCUGUUUUGGAGCACCAUGGCGAACAUGUUUAUGAAGUUAUUUAUACGACCUCAUACCCGAGUUUACAGCAAAUGAAUUACUGUAGACGUGUAGUGACUUAUCUAGUGUACCGAGAGGUGCACAGAAUGAAACGGAGAUGUCAAGUGACUCUGAGACAGCACGAGUUGGAACCUGAGUCCGCAGACCCUGGCAACCCAACAAGAAAAUUCAUCUCAGACCUUCCAGUUCCAGUACUCACAGAGGCAGACAAAGCCAUGGAGAUGACUCCCCAACCCUUCUGUAUUGGAGAUAAGUUUUAUGUACCCCUGGAGAGAAUCAUUGCUUGUCCCAGGCUGCGGCACAUAUGUGGUAAUGUAGAGAAGCUGAGAGAGUUCCUUGCUGAUGUAGUAGAACUGAACUGCGAUGGUUCUGCAGUGAAGGUUGACUUGCAUGAUUGUGGUGACUACUGA